UUGUUUUACCGGCUGUGCCGUGCGCAGGUGAGCCAGCCUUUUUAACCUCGAAAGAAGAAAAAAGUGCCAAAGUAGGACAGACGAUAACAGGUGUGCAUAUUUCUUUUUAGGCGUUUUUAUCGAACUGGUCUUCAGUCCCAGGAUUUUUAAGUUGAAAGAUAAAAAAUCACCCCAAUGCAUACCAACAGACGUUUCCAUAAUACGCAGGUCAUGUAUAAAUACAGGGGAUAUACAACAGACAGCCCAAGCGUGCUGUGUGUUUUAUGGGUCUAAACGCCAUAAACGGGAAUACCUAGCAUAUUUAGAUCGAAUUUAAGCGUAAGUGCGGGCCGUUAAAAAAGUAAAAAUUAUAAAAAAUAAAGAAAGAUUAAUAGAGAAUAAUGAAAGCAAGAAAUAUUACGUGUCAGGUCUCCUUACCUUCUCCGUAGCCGCCUCAUCACCGACGGUCAUUUCAACGCUGUUUCGGCGACUUUCUUUGGAACGCUUGUGGUGCUACCGGUCAACUAUAGAUAGAGAAACACAAGGCUGGUCACUUCAACCGGUCGUGCAGGGGACUUUCGAGAAACGGAACCCGAACACCAAACGUAGCCACUUGAAGGCCGAGAAAUUUCACACUAGUCGACCGAUCUCUCUCAAAUUUCCACCCACGAGAGCGCUCUGCUACUACCUACCCGUUCGAGAGGCAAAAGUUUUCAAAAUUCGCUGCAUCCGUCCGAUAAACGUUCCGUUUUAUCACCCAUUCCAGCUAAAUUGCUUUGUAAUGACGGGUGAUCCUUAUGGCCUAACUAUGGGAUUCAAAUAUCGUGGUGCUUGCGGUCGAAUUACACGCAUGACUCCCCAGAGGGUGUUGUUUGGCUAUAGGACGGACGAAAAAAGCCUCCUACCGAUCCCCUGAGAGUCAUUUAUUUGGUUAGACGUGCUUUGUCAUUUGAAUCCCUUGUGUUUUUUUAUAUAUAUAUAUAUGUAUAUAUACGUUGCGCUUCAUAUCAUAAGUGACCACAUCGUCAGACAAACGAUAAUACUUUGAUAUCAUCGCAGUUUACUACGAUGGUCAGCACAACCCUUUUACGAAAUGUAUACUAGUUAUGGUGUGAGAGUAAUAUGAUGUACAACACAAUCAUUGUACAGGUGCUGAGCUCCACUUUCAAAAUUGAGAGUUCGAGCUUUGCAAAUAAUGGUUAAAUUAGCAGUAUUACACAUUUAUAGCUGCUUUUUAUAAGCUUUGGAGUGAGGGAAUGACUAUUUGCAAGUAUUUUAAUCAAUGUUUAGAUUCAGAUUCAUCGAAGACUUUACCAAACCCGGGAACUUCAAUAUCAACUGGAGCAGGAAGUAUUAUGGAAGGUGAUGUCUUGAUAGGUGUCCACACUGAGCCACUCUCCUCACGAGCCAUGGCAGAAGAAAGUAACACACAAGAAAUAUGUGACAAGGAAGAAGAAUUUGCAGAUCCGAGGGCAUCUCUGGACAUAAAUGACAGCAAAAGAGAGGCGGAAGGAAGCGUUAGGAAUGCCUCAGAAUUAGUGCAGCGCGCUGCUCAGACAGCCUUUUCACGUUCAAAAAGAGGAGAAGGUGACAAAGAAAGACAGCCGGCAACAGAAAUAAUGAUGAAUACAGGCAAUGACACCCAUUCCGUCACCCAAGGUGCAGAAAAGGACAAUGGAGAAAUAAAAGUCAGGGUAUCGCUUAAGAUUGAUUGUUGCCCCGUUGAGAAAGCUGAACAAAAGGAAGGACAUCUGACGGCGGUAAAUCCUGAUGCGAUACCUGAUAACCUUCCCACAAAAGUUCUAGCCGCAAUUGCAGAUAGAUAUCUCAAGUACCUCAAGCCAACUAAUAGAGAAGGAUUCAGCGAAUUUUUACAGUAUUUAAUCGAUGUGCGUAAGGUAAUAAUCGUGGGCCUCGACUUUGGAAGCCUGAUUAUUACAGUAGAAUGCAGGUCCUUGAAAAUACUUGAUGAAUUGUGGAAAGAUUAUCGCACAGGUUACCUUGCUAAAAUGGCUCAACAGUACCUCGUAACCGACUACAUCCUGAAAAAGUUCGAGCUCGUUGAUGUUAAACUUACUACCACUUUUGACGAGGAGAAUUACAGAGUUGCCAGAGAGAGAGCAUUACUUCUGCAGUCUGCAGGACAUGUUACGGUGAAGAAAGUGUUAACAGCCGGAGCUCUCAGUGUAGAAAACAAAAAAGAAUCAAUGACUACAGAGGUGUUUCCUUCUACAGAUGCUGAUACCCCAAAUAGAACGGCUCAACGAGCAAGGGGAAGCAGAAAAAGAGGGAAAGCGCCAGAAAACCAGGACCAGAAAGGAAUUAAAAAGCUUCACUCUGCUGCAAAAAAUGGUGAUGUCGCUGCGAUUGACUCUCUUCUCUUACUUGGAAUUGGUAUUGACGCGAGAGACGAGUCAGGCCGUACGCCACUUGUGACAGCUAUUUUAAAUGGCCAGCUACAGGCAAUCAAGUACCUAAUCGGAAAUGGAGCAGAUCCUCUGAAGAGGAGCCAUGGAUGGAAUUCAUUGCAUUGGGCCUCAUUUUUUGGUCACACUGAUGUCAUUGAGUUCCUGAUUAGACAUGUACCCGAUAUUGACUCAAGAGCUGAUCAAGAUAUGACGCCGGUGUUGAUAGCCACUCGUUAUGGUAAAUUACAAACGGUAGAGUUCCUCAUCAGUAAAGGGGCCAAUUUGGAUCUAAGAGAUGACAGAGGAUGGAGUUCGUUACAUUGGGCCUCAGAUAUAAACCGCACUGACAUCAUUGAACUACUGGUCAGUCACAUGACAGAUACUGACCCAAGAGACACCAAGGAUAGGACGCCGUUGAUGAGGGCAGCCUGGUAUGGAAAGCUACAGGCAGUGGAAUGCCUUAUUGGUUUAGGCGCCAAUCCGUCAUUGGAAGACGACGAUGGAUGGAAUUCGUUGCAUUGGGCAUUACUCAGUGACAACACAGCUGUUAUUGACACAAUGCUCUCUCACGGAGUUAGCGCUGAAUCCAAAACCAAGAAGGGUGAUACCCCACUCAUGUUAGCACGAAGAUAUGGUGUUCCAAAUGCGAUCACUUAUCUCCUACGCAAAAGUGCAAAGUCUGACUGAAUAAAGAAGCACACUGGUUCUCGUUAAGUCAUGUUUAAAGGACUAAGAAACUUUGCAGGCGUCGCUCAGUUGUUGGUUGAUGGUGAAAUUCAUACUAAAUUGAUUUAACUUAAUGGUAACACAAAAAGAUAAAUUUUAAGAUUAAAAACUAGAUAAUAUAGCAUGCUUUAAAAUUCAGCCUGGCAACUUCCGAGUUAUAUCAGACUUUGGGUUUGACUUUCGGGUAGACAAUAGCGUUGCGUAACUUUCGUUUUAUGGUUACUUCAACUAUCCGUAGCUUUGAGGGUCUCAGUUUUGUUCUUAUCAUGAAGGUUACUGAGCAAGAACCGACGUUCAAAACCGUCGUGAAUGACUAGUUGAUGACACAAUCAACCCCUUUAUGGGUAGGCAAAUGAUUAACUGAAGAACUAUGUGUAUAGCAUAGUUUUGAGAUGCAAUUAUAGAAGACUAUUAGCCAAGUCUUUCUCAUCUCAGAGCAGCCAAAAGGCAGCGAAUGUGCUUCUCAAGUAAUAUUUUCAUCGAUAACAAAAGUUGAAGCAUCCGGCACUUUAAAGCCUUUUAAAGCAUGGGUAAAGCGGAAUGGAAAAAAUAGCUUUGUACAUUUUUAUAGAUAUUUUAAUCAACACGCAUACCAAUGGAGGAAUUGGCCGUAGUCGGCUUUUUAGACAAUAUCGUAGAUAAAUUUCGUUCGUCUUCAGGGAAACAAGACUCUUUUAGGUACGACGUCGUUUGAUACCAUUGUAGCUUGGGAGGAGGCGCUCAUCAUUGCUACCUCAGCGCAAGGAUUUCCCUGUCCGUGGAAAGUAUGGGCCCUCGAGCGAGUCGAGCCAGCGAAUAUGUAUGGGGUUUAGCACUGAUGUUUAUAAGUGCCAAACCCUGGCAAAAUUCUGCUUGAUCUUUUUUCAAAUCUUCUCGCGGUCGGAGAAAUGCACGUUCUGCAGUGCUAACUGUGCGAGGGCCUGGUCACGGGCCAAAAGAAAAGAACAUCGCAUGGAAAGAUUUUCACCAGUUCCAUAAAAUAUUAUUUGUCGGUACUUAAUACUGACGGAAAUAAGUUAAUUUUCUGAUUCGUUAGUCAUUCAGCUUGUAGUAUACGCAUUAAAACAGAUAUAUAUUCAUAUUCAUUAAGAAAAUAUGCGUUCAUCUGAUGUUUUGUGAGAAUAGAAAGGGUUACUUUAUUGUUCUUGCCUGAGCAGCGAAGGCUACGCCAAUGGAUAUAUUCAAACUUUUCAUUGUCAGUCACUUAAGAAUUCCGUUAAGUACUUUUCGGGAUUAGGACAGUAGAAUUAUGUAUGGACACAAACUGAAGCCGAAAGAUACGACCAAUAGUAUAUUUGGUCACUUCGGAAUGUCCAGAGAGAUGUUUCACUGAUAUUAUGUAUGGUUCACUUUACUGUUAUCAUAAUUUUUCAAUUAAGAAAAGUAAAUAUAAAUAUUUUCUUUCUUUUUUUGGGUGGGGAAAGGAUAUUUUGCAUAAAUUAGUUUACGGACUAAAGUUAAGAGUAAUUACGUCUGUUUGGAAACUUAAGAUCGUCAGUAUGUAUUGAUAGUAUCAAUACAUUCGAUUGCUCUACAUUUCUCUACAUAAAUUUAUAACAUAACCAAAGUAAAGUGCGCGCUCUAGUUGGUCAAUUUAGCGUCCCCCAU